GAAGAAGCCAUACAAAUCACUGGCCAUGAAUGAAUUAUGAAGAGUCCCAGAGCAAUCACGCCCACCCGUAUUAGAUCACAAUAUAUAUAUAUAUAUACACACACACAUACAUACAAUACAACAAUAAUGACAGAAAAUCAUGAAACAAGCGAUGAUUCCACAAUCGUUGAGAGCUCAUUUGCCCUGUUUUCUGCGUCUGCUUUUCUAGAACACUAAAACUUCAAUUCAACCCAACUGUACCUGCAAUCAAUCGUUGUAUAGAGGUAACUCCGAUGGGGUCGGCGGCGCCGGCGAACUGCAGAUGCAGAGGAGAGCUGAUAAGAUUUUACUAUCCGAGAGAGGUUCUGGGGAGGUCAGAAAUUCGUUUCUUCUUCUCCUAUCCUAAGAAGCUCGUCGGUGUCAGAUACUCUCAGUCGAUUUCUCUGCCGCACAGAAAGAUUCAACCCGUUUCCUUAUCUUCUUCUCCAUCAUCGUCUCAGACCCAGAAACUUAUGCUGAAUGAGGAAACUCAAAAUCAAGAUGCAUCAAGAACUGUUCAUGUCAAAUUCCGGAUGCAGAGACGGUGUGCUUUCGGGGAGCAAUUUCACAUAGUUGGAGAUGAUCCUAUAUUUGGUUCUUGGGACCCUUCAAGCGCGACACCAUUGGAUUGGUCAGAGGGACAUAUAUGGACUGUCGAGCUGGAUUUGCCCGCUGGGAAGACAAUCCAGUUCAAGUUCAUAGUAAAAGGAACCACCGGGAAUAUCUUGUGGCAGCCAGGGCCAAAUCGGAUUCUUCAGACAUGGGAAACAAAUAACACGAUCUCAGUUUCCGAGGAUUGGGACAAUGCUGAACUUCAAAUGAUCAUGGAGGAAGAACCAACUUCUAGUGAACAGCCAGAGUCCACUAACUCAAUUGCGGAAAAUUUGGCUCAGCCAAGAGCGGGACUGACUGCUGCUGCAGAGAGUGAGUCGCCUAGUACUGAAGUGAUUGUUAGUCCUCUGGCGAAGCCACUGCCAGAAAGUCCUAUGCCUGUUGUUGCAGAAAAUAUCGCUGAUCUGGUGGGAGAGCCCCAGAGGGAUUCAAAUGAAGAGUCUAUGGAUUUGAGAAUUGUGGCUAAUGAUGACAAAAAACUUGUUCCUGAUUCGAACAAGGACAUAACUUCAGAAGAAAACAUUUUCGAGGACAAUGGCCGAACUGUGACUCUCAAGACUUGGGCCAGCACAAAAGAAGAGGGAAACCUUGUUUUCUAUGAAGGUGAUCCGCUGCUAGUACCGGGCUUGCCUCCAUUGACAACAGUGGACAACGACAAAACAAUCACAUCUGAAGCUACAAAUGACAACGGGCCAGGGCCAGAGUGUAACCAAAUAAUCCAGCCAGUUUUGAAGAAAGAGCUCAAAGAUGAGUCCCCACAUUCCAGAGAUUCAGCUGAAAUGAUGUCUAUCGAAGAGGAGGAAGCACAUGGCAACCAGAAUCAAGUAGAAAAUCCAGAUUCAGUCAAGGAACAAAACCAGGGCAACUCAAAGCCCGUUGAAGACAAUGUCCUGGAAAGCGACAUUCAAUGGGGGCGGCGAACUCUGCAGAAACUUCUUACUAGUUUCGGCUUCCUUUAGAACAAACAAGAUGGAGGACAAAGACCCCAAAUUGGGAAAAUCUCUUAAUGGGUUGAAGCCUCUACUUGCCUCUACUUGAUAUGCUGAUCCUUGGUGGAACUAAUGCAUAGCGUGGAGAUAGAGACGAUUCGAUGGUGGCCUAUAUUUUGAUCUUGAUAUGAAUUUGGCUUCAGUAAAAUCUUCAUCUUUGCUGUUUGUUGGGUUGUAUCUCAGGGGUUGCGUGGGUUUUUGUCGUCCCCUGUUAUUUGAUGCAUAUGUAAGGCCUCUUAGCGUCAGGAGUUGAAAUUCCUUAUUAUUUGUAGACCUGUUAAACUGUACACUGGUGAGAGCUAAAGUAAAA